AUGUACUUAUCCUCGCUUUCAACGGGUAGCUACGAAAUUGAGGAUAUAGAUAAAGACGAAGCGUCAAACAGGUACUUCUUGGUGCCCGCCAAGAAUGUAAUUGAAAUCCCUAAUCAGGGAGACAUGCGAACGCCCGAAUUCCCGCAAUCGCAUACAGUUAUUGCCUUAUAUCCUGGUACGACAUGUUUUUACAAGGCGGUGGUCGUUAAACCUCCUGAAAAAUCAAAUCCUCGGCGUUAUCUGCUUGCUUUUGACGAUGAUGAGGAUGCCAGAAGACUUGUCGAGGCACAGUAUGUUUUAGAAGUGCCCGAUGAUAUUAAAUGA